AUGCCCUCAGAAACAGAUACUCGUGUCUAUGCAUACCUUGUCGGUGUCGGUGUGACCCACUCUAUCGCUCCACUCAUGCACAACUACAUUGCACAAGCACUGGGCCACGACUGGAAAUUCCUCGCGAAAGAGUGUCCGACAGUGGAAGAUGCUGUUCAACUAUUUCGACGAUCCGACUUCGCCGGUGGAGUAGUGACCAUGCCUUACAAGCGCACCAUCAUGGACCACCUCGACGGUCUGGACGAAUACGCUAUCCGGCUGGGGGCAUGCAACAAUGUAUACCGGACGGCCGACGGAAAAUUAAGAGGCACCAACACAGACUGGCGCGGGAUUAAGGGAUGUCUGCUCGGAGCGAGCGAAGCAGGCAGAGGAAAGCCGGCGGUGCUCAUUGGCGCUGGGGGAGCUGCGCGGGCGGCGAUUUUUACUCUAUACGACCAACUGGAAUGCCGGCAGAUUUAUCUUGUCAAUAGGGAUCGCGAUGAAGUUAAGGGCCUCUUGGAAGAAGCGAAACGGGUGUAUGGUGACGGCUUAGACAUCAUCUACGUGGACCGCAUCGAGAAGGUCCAAGGUCUCGCCUCGCCGUACUACAUCGUGGGCACUGUUCCGGAUGCCGAGCCCAGCACCCCCGACGAGGUGGAAGUUCACCAGAUUAUUAAGUCAUUUUUAUCCACUCCCCAAGAGAAGGGUGUUCUACUCGACAUGUGUUUCAAGCCACGAAAGACACGCAUCCUGCAAGCUGGGAAGUUCGCAAUCGCCUCCAUGUCCUUGGGGAGGGCUUGGGUACAUUCCCUCCCCGAGAAGCUCGCCCAGGCAUCCAAGGCAGGGUUCAAAGGUGUCGAAAUAUUUUACGAAGAUUUGGAAUAUCUCGCCAAAGAAAAAGGGCCCGUAAAUGAUUCAACGUUACUUGCUGCUGCCGAGGAAACUAGAGCCAUUUGCGACCACUGUGGCCUAAAAGUGAUUGGAAUGCAGCCGUUCUUAUUCUAUGAAGGUCUAACGGAUCGCGCUCAGCACCGGGAAAAGAUCGAGCGCCUUAAGCUGUGGUUCGCCAUUGUCAAGGUUCUGGGAACUGAUAUCAUCCAAAUACCUUCUAACUUUCAAACCGAGGGAAUAUCAGGUGACCUGGAUUUGAUAGUUGCCGACAUGGUUGAAGUCGCAGACCUGGGAUUGAAAGAAGAGCCAGCGGUCCGGUUUGCAUAUGAAAAUCUCGCCUGGGGUACUUUCAUUUCAACGUGGGAAAAUUUAUGGGAGGUGGUUCGGCGAGUGGACCGGCCUAAUUUUGGGUGUUGUCUGGAUACCUUCAACAUCGCCGGACGGGUAUGGGCUGACCCCGCCAGCGCCUCUGGUAAGACACCAAAUGCAGAUGCGGAAUUGACCGCAUCCAUCCAGAACCUUGUUCAGACGGUCGAUGUGAAUAAGUUGUUUUACGUGCAGGUCGUGGACGCAGAAAGAAUGCAAAGUCCGUUGAUAGAGGGUCAUCCAUUCUACGUUGAAGGACAGCCAGCGCGGAUGAGCUGGAGUCGGAAUGCGAGAUUGUUCCUUUAUGAACAAGAGCGGGGUGGCUACCUGCCAGUGGUACAGGUGGCUGAAGCAUUCUUAAAAGGCCUUGAUUUUGAGGGGUGGGUGUCAAUGGAGUUAUUUUCGAGGUCGAUGGCCGAUCCGGACUCAACAGUGCCCGGGACACAUGCACAACGGGGCAUCAAAGCCUGGAAUAGGCUGGCAGAGGAACUAGAUCUCUAG